AUGCUGGAAAUGCUUGAGUAUAAUCAUUAUCAGGUGCAGACUCACCUUGAGAAUCCAACCAAGUACCAUAUUCAGCAAGCCCAGCGGCAGCAGGUAAAGCAGUACCUCUCUACCACUCUAGCAAAUAAACAUGCCAACCAAGCCCUGAGCUUGCCAUGUCCAAACCAGCCCGGUGAUCAUGUCAUGCCGCCUGGAACUGGAAGCAGCGCACCCAACAGUCCGAUGGCUAUGCUUACCCUUAACUCCAACUGUGAGAAAGAGGGAUUUUAUAAAUUUGAAGAGCAAAGCAGGGUUGAGAGUGAGUGCCCGCCUCUGAAUACACACUCACGAGCAUCAUGCAUGCAGAUGGAUGAUGUGAUUGAUGACAUAAUUAGUCUGGAGUCAAGUUACAAUGAAGAAAUCCUUGGCUUGAUGGACCCAGCUCUGCAAAUGGCAAAUACGUUGCCUGUGUCUGGCAAUUUGAUUGACCUUUAUGGCAACCAAAGCAUGCCUCCUCCAGGACUAAACAUCAGCAACUCAUGUCCAGCUAAUCUUCCUAAUAUAAAAAGGGAGCUCACAGCAUGUAUUUUUCCUACAGAGUCAGAAGCGAGAGCGUUGGCUAAGGAGAGGCAAAAGAAAGACAAUCACAACUUGAUUGAACGAAGAAGAAGAUUUAAUAUUAAUGAUCGUAUAAAAGAACUAGGCACUUUGAUACCCAAGUCAAAUGACCCGGAUAUGCGCUGGAAUAAGGGAACUAUUCUAAAAGCGUCAGUGGAUUACAUCCGUAAGCUGCAAAGAGAGCAGCAACGCACGAAGGAGCUUGAGAACAGACAGAAGAAGUUGGAACAUGCCAACAGGCACCUGCUGCUCAGAAUACAGGAACUUGAGAUGCAAGCUCGGGCACACGGACUGUCCCUUGUUCCAUCUACAGGCCUUUGUUCCCCUGAUAUGGUCAACAGGGUCAUCAAACAAGAGCCCGUGCUGGACAACUGCAACCAAGACAUCAUGCCGCACCACACAGACCUGUCUUGCACUACCACCCUCGAUCUCACUGACGGUACCAUCACUUUCAGUGACAACCUUGGAAAUGUGACUGAACCGACCGGCACGUACAGCGUUCCUGCAAAAAUGGGAUCCAAACUGGAAGAUAUCUUGAUGGACGAUACCCUCUCCCCCGUUGGAGUAACUGACCCGCUACUUUCCUCUGUGUCUCCUGGAGCAUCGAAGACGAGUAGCAGGAGGAGCAGUGUGAGCAUGGAGGACACUGAUCAUGCUUGUUAG